GUUGUAUAUAUCAUUGGACGCAUAAAAAUAUACUCAACGGGAAUAGAAAUUAGAAUCAAAAGCUGAAGUUGAUCUUAUUGAUAACAUUAUUUAUAAUUAUCAUGCUACGUUGUUGCUGACAUAUCGUCGUAACUACAGCAGACGCUUCUUAUGCGAACAACAAGAAAACAAAAUAGGCAUUAAAUUCACCGUUACUGUCUUAUUUUAUAUGUUACGGUGAACCCAAAUAAGAAAGAAAAAAAAAAGCAAACUUUGGCUCCACGGAUUUACCGUCUAUCUUCGUGUAUUGAGAGAGCCUGGUUGUUUUUGACGAAUUAUAUUCUAUUUACUUUGUAGCCCACCAAGUAAAUAUCAAUUUACAUACAUUGAAAAUGGCAGUGAACUUUGGUUUAAGAGUUAAAAGAAUUUGGCAGAAAAGUUUUCCACAAAUCUGUAUGUACAAGUUUUCUGGCAUAUACGUGCGUCACAUUCAUAAGAACAGUUCAUAUUGUCGAAGCAAAGAGCCAAACCAGCUGGUUGUUACAUCAUCUACGUUUAAUGCCCCAGAAGGAGAUAGAAAUAAAGACACAUUCUUAGAAGCUGUUAAAAUAUAUACAACUAGGCCAGGACCACGUCGUUCACAAGUGGAAUUUAUUUAUUCUGCUCUGAAGCACAUGGAAGAGUUUGGAGUUCAUCGUGACCUACAAGCAUAUAAAGAAAUUAUUGAUAUUUUACCAAAGGGUACAUAUAUUCCAACAAAUAUGUUUCAGGCAGAGUUUAUGCACUAUCCAAAGCAACAGCAAUGUAUAAUUGAUGUUCUGGAACAGAUGGAAGACAAUGGUGUGUGUCCAGAUGCAGAAACCGACGCUAUGGUCCUUAACAUUUUUGGCCGCCAUGGAUUCCCGACGAAGAAACUUAGAAGAAUGACUUACUGGAUGCCAAAAUUUAAGAACCUGUCUCCAUGGGCACUCCCAGAAAAGAUCCCCACUUCUAAUCUUGAAGUAGCAAAACUUGCUGUCCAGAGAAUGGGUAGUGUUGAUCCAGCCACAGAGAUGGAAAUUUUUCAAACAAGUGAAUUGAGAGACGCCAUCGACGAUACUUGGAUUGUUAGUGGUCAGAGCGCUACACAAAGGGAACUUUUGGCAAAACUCCAAGAAAAGAAAACAGUCUUUGUUGAAGGAGCAUUCCCAAUAUGGUUAAGAAGAACUAGUAUAAACUACUUUAUUUUACGUUCUGACCCUGAACCCCUAUCAGAAGAAGACCAGAAGCAAAGAGCUCAAUUCGACUAUGAUGAUGUCAGUCAGUUGCGUUCAUGGAUAUUAGGACAAGAAAACCUUACUCGAAAAGACAUUAUUAUUGAGCCUUCAGUCCACGAACAAGAAGACGGGACGAUCCUGGCUGUAGCUGUAACAGGCACUUGCUCGAAGGACUCUCUUCUUUCUUGGAUUCGGUUUUUAGAAAAAAAGAAUCCAAACUUAGCAAAUCUUAGUAUCUUAUUCGCAACAAACUCUCCUUUGGGUGAAGUUAUACCAGCAAUCGAGUCUAGUGUGCCUGUAAACACAGUUAAGAAAAUAACGGAUACUUCUGACUUGUGAAUAAAAGUUUAUGUCCAGUAGACAUUGUUUUUAAA